GACACGUCAGUGCUAGAUGAGGAGACUGGGACGGAAUGGGGAUCUCUUCACAAUAACUUCAAAAAUAGAAGAAAGUAACAAAACAAAAGAGGCACGACAUCCACUGCGUAACGUUUAGGAAAACUCGUAGGCUACUCUUAUUCUUGUUGACUUGGAGCUUGUGAGAAGAUAAAGAAGUGUAAUUGAUUCUAUCGGACGGUAUUUGCACCUUCCCUGGAUAUGGUCGCACAGUUUUUCACGUGAAGGUAGAGUGAAUUUCGAAAGGACAUCAUUGAAUGUGAAUUACACACUCCUGGUAGUACUGGGGCUGCAUCUGGAACACACGCGAGGAAAAGAGAGCAGAGAGAGGCGAGCGCUUCUGCUGUAUAGAUGGGGGGGAAGGAGAAUAAGUAGAGCCUACUAUUUCCAUAUAAAUGGCUUACUAUUGAGCUUUCUUUGAGGAUUGAAGGGCAUUGGCAAAAAAAAAAAAACGGUUGUUUGAAAAAAGUUGACAGCUCAUCUUCCAUGGAGUCUCAUUGCAAUUUUGGAGACUUGAUGUGUGACGAAAACGGACCGCACGAACGGACUGAGCUCCAGGAUUACGAUUAUGUGUUGCUCCACAGUAAAAUGUUGCCUGUAAUGUUUUCUUGGUGCUUAUAGAAACUUGAAUGCAAAAUGUUCAUAAAACAAAGGCAGAAGCCACGUUUCAUGUGUAAAGACACAGACAAUGCAUUUAUGUUGUUGUUAUGAUGGGUAUGCAUUUCUAUUCAACAAGGUUGUGGGAGGAGUCAUGAUUAUUAUGUCUACAUUUCCAUCACAGUCCAAAUCGUCAUGCAGCAUGUCCAGUUACAAAGUCUAAUGCUUGUCCUGGAUGGAGUGUCAAUAGGAGCAGGAAUACAAUCACAUGGACACGCCUUGUCAGUCAUUAAACAAAUCAGAUAAAUGCAGUGCAAAUAUGAUCAAUAGACUGUAUUGAUGAGCCCAUAUAUAAGGCUAAUGAUUGGCCCAUCCUCUGUUUACUUAACAUGCCUGUGAGAAUAUGUUGUGAAAGUUUCAGAUGACUGCUGACAGCUCAUUGAAAUAGACAUAAGAUAAUUUAUUUUAAGAAAACAUGUUUAGAUUGGUAGCAUACAUCAUAUUAAACUCUUCAAUAACAGCUGGAAUACCUUUUGUUGAAAACUGCUGCUCUAACAUUAGAAUGUCUUUGAGAAUUCAUGAACAGGAUAAUUUUUUUGGCUAAUUUCUAACGAUUGCUUUUUGAAAUAUUUAUAGACACUAUUCUGCAAGAUGAUCGCUGUGAUGAGCAUGGUGACCCAACCUCCAGACGAGCUUGUCCCCAGGCAAGCGGCCAAGGCUACAUUUUCCAUCUAAUUGUCCUGACUUCAGGUGAUUGGAAUUAUGGGGUGAUUUCCAUCUCUACAACCUGACAGAAACAUGGAUUUGAACUUCUCCAUGGUCCGCGAUAGCGAUAAUUUGCUGGAGAGAAACUCAUCCAAGCGUGUUCUGACAGGCUGCUUUCUCUUUGCGCUCAUCCUGACCACACUGCUGGGGAACACACUGGUAUGUGUUGCCGUCACCAAGUUCCGCCACCUGCGCUCAAAGGUCACCAACUUCUUUGUGAUCUCUUUGGCCAUCUCAGACCUGCUGGUGGCCAUCUUGGUGAUGCCAUGGAAGGCAGCGACGGAGAUCGUGGGCUUCUGGCCCUUUGGAACCUUCUGCAACAUCUGGGUGGCAUUCGACAUCAUGUGCUCCACAGCGUCCAUUUUGAACUUAUGUGUCAUCAGCGUGGACAGAUAUUGGGCGAUCUCAAGCCCAUUCCGCUACGAGAGGAAGAUGACACCCAAGGUGGCAUUUAUUAUGAUCAGUGUGGCAUGGACGCUGUCUGUGCUCAUCUCCUUCAUCCCUGUGCAGUUGAACUGGCACAAGGCUGCGGUGUUGGAGCUCAACAGCACUUACGGGGAGCUGCCUCCGGACAACUGCGACUCCAGCCUUAACAGGACUUAUGCCAUCUCCUCCUCCCUCAUCAGCUUCUACAUCCCUGUGGCAAUCAUGAUCGUGACUUACACCCGGAUUUACAGAAUCGCCCAGAUACAAAUCAGGAGGAUCUCAGCCCUGGAGAGAGCUGCGGAGAGUGCCAAGAACCGCCACAGCAGCAUGGGGAACAACUCCAACAUGGAGACGGAGAGCUCCUUCAAGAUGUCUUUCAAAAGAGAAACCAAAGUCCUAAAGACCCUCUCUGUCAUAAUGGGUGUGUUUGUAUGCUGCUGGCUGCCCUUCUUUAUCCUCAACUGCAUGGUGCCCUUCUGUGAGCCCAACAGCACCUCUGAUUUCCUCUGCAUUAGCCCUGCGACCUUUGACGUGUUCGUCUGGUUCGGCUGGGCCAACUCCUCACUCAACCCCAUCAUAUAUGCCUUCAACGCGGACUUCCGCAAAGCGUUCUCCAUCCUGCUGGGCUGCCACAUACUCUGCCCGGGCAGCAAUGCCAUAGAGAUAGUGAGCAUUAACAACAAUGGAGCUCAGCCGCCUGCAUCCCAGUAUCAGUCCAAAGGGCACAUUCCCAAGGAGAGAAACAAUGCCACCUAUGUGAUUCCCCACAGCAUCCUAUGUCAGGAGGAGGAGCUGCAGAAGAAGAAUGAGGUUGUGAUUAAGACCUUGGAGAAACUGUCCCCAUCCCUUUCUGGGAACUUGGACAGCGAUGCCGACGUGAUUAAUCCUAUAACUCAGAACGGCCAACACAAAGCUGUGACAUGUUGAUCGGUGUAUGUAUUGGUAUACAAAAAUAGAAGGAACCCACAGAGGGAGAGACCUAGCAGUAUGCCUAGCAAAGGUGUGGGGUAUACAAACUGAGCUUCACUGCGAACCUUAAAACUCUAAUCACUAUGGAAAUCUACAGAAUGUUUCAAAUGAAGGCAGUUUAUCCUGGAUAUCUAUCCGCAAAACACCUUCAGCAUUUAUUAAUGAAGUAUAGACAGAUUUGUUGAUAAAUGUUCCAUAACUUGAAUAAAGAAAAAAGAAAUACACACGUGUAUACAUGUUGUAUUUACAAAUAUGUAUACACUUGCAUAUGUGUACAGUAGUGAUGUUUCAAAUAUCCAGGAUGCCAUUAUAACAUGGAGAAAGAAGUAGAAAUAUUAGCUAAAUGUCUUGUAAGUGCUUUACAUGUAUAUAUAUACAGCGUGUUUCAUAUUCUCCAUACAGAACUAUAAAGA